AUGGCCGCCAGUGGAGGAAAUUUUUCGAGUGCUGAAAAUUAUUCCGUCGAUAUGGAAAAUUCUUACACUUACACACCAAAUCAAGGAAGCCAAAGUUCAUCUGAAGAAUUUCAAUUUGUACAUUCAUCAAAAUCUGGCGGCACAGCAGAAAUAGAGGGUUCUAUAGAACCUACAGAAACUACUCCAUCACAAGACAUUUAUGGUGUCAGAAAAAGAGGUCCGGCUUCAGCAUUUCUAGAAGGAAGAGGAUUUGGUUGGCUCUUAGAAGAAGAUGAUGAUGUGGAUGAAGAUGACCUAAAACCACUUUUAGAAGAGCUUGACAUUGACUUGAAGGACAUUUACUACAAAUUGAGGUGUGUUUUGUUUCCAUUACCACAGCUAGGAUUCAACAGACAUGUGGUCAGAGAGAGUCCAGAUUUCUGGGGACCUCUUGUUGUUAUAUUGUUAUAUUCCCUUGUAUCAUUAUACGGUCAGUUCAGAGUUAUAUCAUGGAUUAUAACGAUAUGGAUAUUUGGAUCAUUAAUUAUCUUCCUGUUAGCUAGAGCUCUUGGUGGAGAGGUAUCAUAUUCCCAGUGCCUUGGAGUGAUUGGUUACUCAGUGUUACCUUUGGUCAUCACAGCAUCAGCUUUACCGUUGUUCCGUUCUAUGUACUAUGUGGGAAUUCUUAUAAAACUUCUUGGUGUUAUGUGGGCAGCCUACAGUGCAGGAUCAUUAUUAUGUGUUCAAGAACUUCAACAUAAAAGACCUUUGUUAUUGUACCCUGUAUUUCUGUUAUAUAUUUAUUUUUUGUCAUUGUAUACAGGGGCAUAGUAUAAUUAUAUACUGUACAAAUCAUUUUUUUGUAACUGUGCUAAUGCUGUAGAUCUGGAUCCACAAAUUGUUGAUUACUAUAUUUAAUAGAAAGAAAUUGUUCUACCAUAAUUUUAGUUCAUUUUAUAAAAUUGAAAUUAAAUUUCAUGAAAAUGGGGACGAAGUGGUUCCAAUCCUAAACCUUCGAUUCUGAGUAAGUGCUAUUGAAGUCUUUGCAGAAAAUACAGUAGUAC